AUGGCUCCUGCAACUCAAUACGAACUUUCGCCGCCUCCCACCGACGCGGUGUCGUCGAUCGCGUUUGCGCCAAACUCUGGAACCAAGCUCCUUGUCUCAUCAUGGGACAAGAAGGUGUACUGCUACGACAUUGCAGGCGGAGCUGGUGAGACGACUCUUGUCAACACAUACGAGCACCGAGCGCCUGUUCUGGACGUUUGUUUCGGCGCCAACGACAAUGAAGCUUUUACCGCUGGCCUGGACUGGGCCGUCAACAAAAUUGACUUGACAACUGGAGAAAAGACUUUGUUGAGCAAGCAUGCUGCGCCAGUGCGAUCUAUAGCUUACAGCCCUACAUAUUCCGUUCUGGUUUCUGCAUCUUGGGAUUGCAGCUUGAACCUUCACAACCUGAAUGACCCCUCGAGUACCCCCAUAAGGGUCUCCCUUCCCGGCAAACCUCAUGCAUUGGCUGCGAGCCCCACAAAGAUUGUGGUCGCUAUGGCGGGUCGUGUUAUCAACAUUUAUGACUUGAAGACCAUUGUCGACCUGUUCGCUACAGGCUCAUCCGAUCUUCAGCCUUGGCAACAGCGUGAAUCAUCCCUCCGAUAUCUCACCCGCGCAGUUUCCUGCAUGCCUAACGAUGCUGGAUACGCCACCAGCAGUAUCGAGGGCCGAGUUGCCGUUGAAUGGUUUGAGGACACGCCCGAGUCACAGGCUCGAAAGUAUGCUUUCAAGUGCCAUCGCCAAGCGGCGCCAGAUGGCGACGGAGAUAUUGUCUACCCUGUGAACGCCCUAGCCUUCCACCCUGUCCAUGGAACAUUUGCUUCAGGAGGUGGCGAUGGAACCGCUGCUCUAUGGGACGCCGAGGCUAAGCGACGACUUAAGCAAUACCAGAAGUUCCCCAACAGCGUGGCUGCGCUUGCAUUCUCAAGUGACGGCAAGUAUCUGGCUGUGGGUGUGUGCCCGGGCUUCGAGACUGGUCAAGAGGAUUACAACGGUGCUGGCCAGACAUCAGUAUUGAUUCGUGAGCUUGGUGAGAAUGAAGCCAAGGGUAAGGGAGCCAAAUAG